CACAGCCUGCCAGCAGCAUCCAGCUCCCAGCCAGCAUGGCACCCCCACUGCCCGGCAGGACCUCCCCCAGGAUCCUGAUUCUGCUGGCUCUCCUGGCCCCAGGGGCUGCAGCAGACUUCAACAUCUCCAGCCUGUCUGGCCUGCUGUCCCCAGUGCUAACAGAGAGCCUGCUAGUCGCCUUGCCCCCCUGUCACCUCACGGGAGGCAACGCCACACUGACGGUCCGGAGAGCCAACGACAGCAAAGUGGUGAAGUCCAGCUUUGAGGUGCCUCCAUGCCGCGGCCGCAGGGAGCUGGUGAGUGUGGUGGACAGCGGGGCUGGCUUCACCGUCACACGGCUCAGCGCCUACCAGGUGACAAACCUCGCACCAGGAACCAAAUACUACAUUUCGUACAUGGUGAAGAAGGGGUCAGCCACGGAGUCCAGUAGAGAGGUCCCGAUGUCCACGCUUCCUCGAAAUAGUGUGGAGUCCAUCAGCCUGGGGAUGGCCCGCACAGGGGGCAUGGUGGUCAUCACGGUGCUGCUCUCAGUGGCCAUGUUCGUGCUGAUCCUGGGCUUCAUCAUUGCCCUGGCACUGGGGGCCCGGAAGUGAGGGGCCCGCCUGGACAGCGGCUCCUCUGGGGCGUCCAGGGAGGCAGGUCC